AAGGUUUCAGUUAGAACUGCAUUGCAUCAUCAUUCUGAGAUAUAGUAUUAAUAUCUAUAAACUACACAAGAAUAACAUUUCUUAGCUGUUGUGUGCAAGUCAGCUCUUGCCAUCAGAUUAGACCUCCAACAAGUGGUCCUAAUGUCGUGACCAGUCAGUGAAUUUUUCCAGAAAUGCUGUUUUGUUUUGUGGAUAUACAGCAGCUGAAAUAAGUAUUUAACACGUCACCAUUUUUCUCACUAAAUAUAUUUCCAAAGGUGCCAUUGAUAUGAAAGUUUCACCAGCUGUUGGGAACAACCCAAGUAACCCAUCCAUCCAUCCAUCCAUCCAUCCAUCCAUUUUCUGAGCCGCUUCUCCUCACAAGGGUCGUGGGAGUGCUGGAGCCUAUCCCAGCCAUCAUCGCGCAGGAGGCGGGGUACACCCUGAACUGGUUGCCAUCCAUUCGCCGACCCAAGUAACCCAUGCAUACAAAGAAAGUAGAAGAAAUAAACUCAGGAAUUAAGUUGUGUCUAAUAAUGUGAAAUGACACAGGGAAAAAGUAUUGAACACAUGAAGAAAGGGAGGUGCAAAAAGGCAUGGAAAGCCAACACAACACCUAAAAUCUAUCAAUAAUCAAACAGCAAUCCAGUCCCUUGUCAGUGCAAAUGAAUAUCAGCUGGUUCAGUCCUAAUUGAUGGCCGACAAAAAGGUCUCAUUGCCAAGGUAUGAGUCAAGACACAUCUCAUGAUGGGUAAGAGCAAAGAGCUGUCUCAAGACCAUCGCAACUAAGUGUUGCAAAACUCUAAGUGGAAAGCCAAUUAUACCACCAUAGAUUUGCCUCGAUCAGGUGCUCCUCGCAAGAUUUCCGACAGAGGAGUGCAAAGAAUAAUCAGAAGAGUUGUCCAAGAGUCAAGGAGCACCUGUGGAGAGCUUCAAAAAGAUCUGGAAUUUGCAGGUACUGUUGUCACAGUGAGUAAUGUACUCCGCCGCCAUGACCUGCAUGCACGCUCACCACGCAAGACCCCAUUGCUGAAAAAAAAGAAUGUCAAAGCUCGUUUAAAGUUUGGUGAACAACAUUUGGACAAGCCAGUUAAAUACUGGGAGAAUAUAGUCUGGUCGGAUGCCAUAAUGCACACCGUGUUUGGAGGAGAAAUGACCAUCUACGAGGAUGAUGAAAAUGAAACGAGGGUUGACAUUUCAGCGGGAUAAUGAUCCAAAAUCUAGUGUCAAGGAAACUCUCCAUUGGUUUCAAAGGAAAAAAAAAUAAAGCUGCUAGAAUGGCCCAGCCAAUCACCUGACUUGAAUCCAAUCGAAAAUCUAUGGAAAGAACUGAAACGCAAGGUCCAUAAAAGAAGCCCACGGAACCUUCAAGAUUGGAAGACUGCUUUUGUGGAGGAAUGGGCCAAAAUCACAGCAGAGCAAUGCAUGCAACUAGUUUCUCCAUACAGGUGGCGUCUUGAAGCUGUCGUUGCAAACAAAGGUUUUGUACAAAGUAUUAAAUAAAUACCAGUUGACGUGUUCAAUACUUUUCCCCUGUGUCAUUUCACAUUAUUACACACAACUUAAUUUCUGAUCUUAUUUGUUCUACUUUCUUUGUAUGUAUUGCUUACUCGAGUUGUUCCCAAUAUCUGGUGAAAUGUUUCAUGUCAAUAGCACCUUUGGAUGACGUGUUAAACAUUUAUUUUAGCCGCUGUAUAUACUUCUCAAACAUGCAAUUUGGAUUACUGCAAGUUCACUUCAAAGUCAAGUCAAAUUGUUCUCUUCAUGCACUUUUCACACAACAUCAGCACACGCACAGAAUAGGAAGAGCUUCUUUUUUCAAGUAUUUCACGCAGUUCUCAGACCGGUUGGUUUGAUAGUGACCACAAAAGUGAACUCUUUCCUGCCUGCCCCCGGUGCCUGUUCUUUGUAACUCAUAUUGUGGUCCCAACCCACAAAAAUCCCCAUCGUUUAGUCAAACAACACGUCGGAAACCACAUCACUACAUUUUCUUUCUACAAUUUCCCUUUCAAAAAAUGAAUGCGGCAAAUCAGUUCAUUUCUUGCACGCACACGCACACGAAGCUGCCAGUGUAAUUGAGUCCAGUGACUCCUGCAGUGGGAGGAGGCAAAAGUUAUGCGCACAGGCUGGAAAGUGUCACCGCCACCAUCAUUUUCUAAGAACCCUCUGAGCAAACUCCCUCUUAAGAAGUCCCGUGGGAAACAUCUCGUUGGCCUCGCUGAUUUGGAACUUCGUUAACAACUGGACACCGCGGAGAUUUGGCGGCGACCCUCACAAGUUACCUUCGCGAAAGACAAACGAUCUCGAGCUAUGUUUUCCAAGGCCACUUCCAGCUUUGUCCGUCAGGUUGACCCAGAAGGAAGCCUCAUUCAUGUGUCCCGGAUGAACGACUCGUCCAAGCUGGUUCCGAUGGCUCUGGUGGUCAAACGCAAGCGUGUCUGGUUCUGGCAAAGGCCCAAAUACCAACCGACAGAUUUCAAGCUCAACGAUUUGUUGCUGGGCGAGAAGGGGCUUACACCUGCUGUGUCCAAGAAGGAAUUCCUGACCUACACGGGUAUUUUUGGAGACAAACUCACUGGCAAGCUUGAUGCCGAGGUUGGCUCUGUCAGCCUGACGCUCAAAGCUCUGGGCUCAUCGAAACUCCUGUCGGAUUUUGGCAACCUGCAGAAAGAGGAACUGGAUGUGACUAAGUUGUUAGAGGACUCCAACAAGAGGCUGGUGGACAUGGAGCACGUGUUGGUGCAGCAGCUCGAAAAGCGAUCUGACAUUCUGGCCAUUGUCAAAGAGAGGAUCCUCACCACCGCCGCUUGCACUCUCACCGAGACCAAAAAGGAGCAGUGUGCCUUUCGUGCCGUUGUGGGACUGUUGGGCAAGCUGGGGGCCAACAUUAAGGUCUGUAUCAAGGAGAGCAAUGACAUUGGGACGGGCAGCGAUGUUUCCUUGACGAUCCCCUCUGAUGUUGUCGUUGCAUACAGCAUCCUGGAACUAGAAAUUAAAAAAGACGGCCACUAUAAAAUAUGUCUCCAGCCUGGAAAGAUCGUAGGGGGCUUUGAGGCCGAUAUGGUGAGGUCGUGGUCCUCUCAAGACUACCUGGACGUGACGGAUGGGAGGUGCCUUGAUGAGAAUAUUCCAGAUGAACAACCGCAACAAAAUGGAUCUCAGGUGGCAGACCUCGCUCCACUCGCGGCGCUUUCCCAAGCAACUCGGUGGACCUUCUUCUGCAAACUGCAAGAUAUUCUGAGGGACAGAAUGACCCUCUCACAUCUGCAGCGUGCACUCGAGGAGGCGUGUAUUAGCAAGAGACCUGACACGACACAGCACGAGGAACUCUCAGGAGGUCAAACCAAACUACCGGACAACGUCGACGUGAAUGCUGCUCAUCUGUUGAUCAGUGCCUUGGAAGAGCUGCCUGAUGAAACUUUAAGCCUCCUUUCUGACAGUCGGCCUGAGUUCUUUGAAGCCUUCAGCACCCUGAUGAGUCUGUUGAAGGAGAGCAAUCGUCCCGUCUCCAUGGAGUCUCUUCCUACGCCACUGUGGGAGAAACAAGCUUUCCAGCAGGCAGAGGAGCUUCUCGGCUCCGUCGGCACGAUCCUGACGGUCGACGGCGAUCAGCUGUGGUUGGAGACGGGAGAAAAAAAUGAAGUGCACGUGUUGGUCCUCCGUCUCAGCACUUAUGGACUGUCUCUGCUGUGCGGUGGACAAAAAAGGGAUUUUUUCCCCUGUUUGGUUUAGGUUCAUUUUUUACUGCGUAUUUGUAUUGUCACAUGUACUGACUGUAACAGUGUUUCCCGACAGUUACUGAUCCACAGUACAUAAUUUACGUGAUUAAAAAAUAAUUAUAUAUAUAUAUAUAUAUAAUCUUGCAGAACUGUGCCACGUACAUCUGGAGCAGUUCAGAAUCAAUAUUUGGUCUAUCUUUGUUUUCAUAUUAUUCUGAAUGGCUACUGGUGAAAACAGAUUAACGGUACCUUCUGCCAUCGAGUGGGAGCACAUCUAAUUCUUCUGCCUGUCACUAUACAUCGCUGGCAAAGAUAGAUGAACAAAGGUACAUUUUUUUGUCGUAAAUAGUUAUAAUUUUCAGACCAACUGAGUGAAAUAGGAUCAGUUCUUGUGGUACACCUGAUAAUCUCUCACAACACGCUAAUGUGCCUCGGCACUGUUGUUGAGAAUCACAGGACUAUAACUAUUUUUCUGAAGGAAGAAAUUAUAUAUUUCUAUAAAAUGUCACUCUUUUAUGUUAUUUUAGUAAAACGUGGAGUGUGUUUAUGUUUUUACAUGUAUUCCUAUUGAUAUUUUAUGUAUUAAAACCACUUAAUAGGCUCGUUCUCAAUAGAUAUAUUGUAUAUUGAGAGAUCCUUAGAGGAAACUCAAAUAUUUGCUGGAGUUAUAGUUAUAGCUGUUAGUAAGGUUGACAGUCGAUAUUUCUUAUUUCUUUUUUAAAACAACAAACGAGAACAUUUAAAGCAUACUAAAGUGCACUAUCAUAUCAUACCAAAAUAUGCUAAAACCUUCUUGCCAAGGUGGUGUUCUACUUUUAUUGAGGCUGCUUUUUACUCGUUACUAAGUUACAAAUAUUUAUCAGAAUUAAUGAAUGUAUCUAAUUCCAUAAAAUGCAACUGGACACCAUAGCUAUAUUUGAGACUUAUUUAUAUAUUAUAUAUUAACUAAGGCUCCAUAUAUGAAGCUGCAAUUUCCAUGCACUUAUGGUGAAUUUCUUGUUUGAUGAAUUCUAGUUUUUAAAGGAUAUUUUCCUAUACAGUCGAACUGAAAUAAAGGUUUCUGUGAAUCCUAA